GUUGAUGUUACAAACCUUAGUUGAAGAGAUACACUUUUUUUGUCGUUGUUGACAGCAAAGCAAAAGCGUGUAUUUUAUUAAAUCGGUGUAAACUAUUAUUGUAGUAUAAUGCAUGUAAAUAGCAACACUUGAUUCGAAAACAAGUGGGAACUAUAAAUCGGCGACACCGAGACUUCACCCGGCUGUAUUUUGCAGUGACGCACUUCCAAAAUGGCUUCCAAACAAGAACCGGUCUAUCAAAUUUUCUCAUUUCAGGACUUUAAAACAUCUCCCGACCCGAUUUGUCCAACACCCGCCCAAUGCCUGUCCUCUACAUCUACCCCGAUAGUGAUCGAUAACGGCUCUUUCCAGACCCGGGCUGGCUGGGCGGCUCCAGGGGCGGAGUUUGACUCUCCGCGGAUGCUCUUCAAGUCGGUGACGGCGCGCAGCAGAGGGGCCGCCCGCAGCGAGACCCAGAUCGGAAACGAUAUCCCAAACCUGGAGCCGCUGCGGUGGCUCCUGAAGAGCCAGUUUGACCGAAACGUGGUGGUCAACUUCGAGAUCCAGGAGCUCAUGUUCGACUAUGUGUUCACUCACUUGGGCAUCGAAUCAGAGGGCAGUGUGCCACACCCCAUUGUGCUGACGGAGGCGCCCUGCAACCCGCUGCACUGUCGGAAGAUGAUGUCAGAGUUGCUGUUCGAGUGCUACCGCGUCCCAUACGUCUCCUACGGCGUGGACAGCUUGUACAGUUUCUACAACAAUAGCACUCAAAUGAGCCUCCAGCCACCACAAACCGGCAUCGUUUUGUCCUCAGGAUACCACUGCUCUCACAUCCUGCCGGUUAUCGACGGCAGGUUUGAUGCGGUGAACUGUAAGCGUGUGAACGCGGCUGGGAGCCAGGCAGCGUCCUACCUGCAGCGCCUCCUCCAGCUGAAAUACCCAGGUCACCUCGCCGCAAUCACACUAAACCGCGUGGAGGAACUGCUGCAUGAACACAGCUACACUGCUGUGGAUUACCAUGAAGAGCUGGAAAAGUGGCGCAGCCCAGAGUUUUAUGAGCGGGAGGUUCACCGCAUGCAGCUUCCUUUCUCCGGUAAGGUGCCGGGCGGCUGCGUGAAUGUGGAGGAGAGGCAGGAGAGACGAGCCCAGCAGCUUCGGCGGCUGCAGGAGAUCAACGCUCGUCGGCGGGAGGAGAAGCUGCUGCAGGACCAAGAGAGGCUGGACAGACUUCAGGCAGUGCAGGAACUGCUGGAGGACGGCCUGUUGGAUCAGUUUCAUAAGAACUUGGUGGAGCUCAACAUGGACUCGGCCGAGGAGCUGCAGUCGUACAUCAACAAACUGCAGCUGGCGGUGGAGCAGGGCCGACAGAAACUGCUGCAUAGCGACGGAGCGGAGGGGAAGACUGAGGUGUCUGAGCUGGAGCCGCCGAUGGACGAGGGAGAUGGAGUGGCGCUGAUUGAUCCUGACUUCCCUGAGGACACGCUGCCAGAGAAACCUGCUAAUGUGGUUCAGCCUUUGUUCAACAUGGCGGAGUACCACCAGCUGUUUGUAGGGACGGAGCGUCUGCGGUGUCCAGAGAUCAUGUUCCAGCCCUCUCCAACCGCAGAGGACCAGAUGGGACUGAUGGAGACGUUGCAGUACGUCCUUGCCAGGUACACACCAGAGCAGCAGGAGGCGCUGGUGAGCAAUGUGUUUCUGACAGGAGGCAACAUGCAGUACCCGGGUAUGAAGCAGAGGGUGGAGAGAGAACUGCUGGCCAUGAGGCCCUUCCAGUCACACUUUAAGGUGAGAAUGGCGUCGCGGCCGGCCCUGGACGCCUGGUACGGGGCGAGAGACUGGGCCUUGCAGCAUCUACCGAGCGGAGAGGGAGGAGCAGCGGAGGGCUGGAUCAGCAGACAGGAGUACGAGGAGAAAGGGGGAGAGUACCUGAGCGAGCACCGUGCUUCUAAUAUCUUUGUUCCCAUGAAAAUCAUCAAACAAGCUCCCGCUCGUACCACCGAGCCCUCCGCCCCGACAUCUACCGGAGCCUCUGCUGCCGUCACCAUGGUUACGUCUGACCUGACCCUCCCCUGUUCUACUGUUGCUGCUAAUGUUACUUUGGUUUCCUCCUAAACGGGGAUCUCCGUUAUCAUUAGAAGACGCACGGCAACAAUCGAAAACAUCAGCUCAGAAAUCGAAGGUGCCUUAGUUGAGGCUGUUUUUACAAUAUUAAGAACGUUUCCUCUUUUGAGCCAACCAGUUCACCGUUUGUUAAUGGGAAUAGACUUCCGGUCUGUUCUUAAUCUUCAUCAAUCUGCUGUUGGUCUCCUGUGACUUUUGUAACUUCUGACUGGAACUUUGUUGGAAAUACAGCGUUGUUAUAUUUCCAUGAUGCUUUGCAAAACCACAAGAGGCCAUUCAUAUUGAAUGGUCAUCAAAAGAAUGAUCUUCAAAGGUCUCGUGGGAAUGUUUCAUCUACUUUGUAAAUAGAUUUUGUUGUUUGUAUGUUUUUAUUAAAAUAUAUAUUUUCUCUAAUGGAAA